AUGGGUAACAAGCCCAAGCUACACAUCUUGCAUCACAUCGUGGAGGAUAUCGAACGUUUCGCCACUGCUAUUCAUUUUGAAUCAGAAAAAGGCGAACAGUUCAACAAAUUCCUCCGAGAACACAUCUUCCACACCAACCGCUACAACCCUUCGCGAGACCUACUUGUUUCCUUUGGACGGUAUACAGUGUUUCGUUGCAUUGUCAAUGGAGGC